CCCCUCCCCCUCCUGCUUAUGGUGGUGGCGGUGGAAAACAAGCCCGCCCUUGCUUGGCCCACGUGCUGUGCUCUGACCCUGCUCGGGCCUCGUCGUCAGGCGCCACGCGCCUCCUCAGGACGAGCCGUCGCGCGGGGUCUCCAGUCAUGGUGGCGUCACGUCCUGCCUCCAGGUGCGUUCGCGGUCGUGACGUACCACAUGCCCUGCCUGUUCGGCGAGCCCGCGAAGCGGCAGGCGAAGGCCAUCCACGCGGCGGUGCUGAGGCGGGAGGCGCUGAGGUUCGCGGGCGGCGGGGAGCUGGUGGUCGCGGGGGACUUCAACACGAAGCCGCUGGACUCGGAGCUCGGGCUGGUGCACGCGGGGGCCCUCCCGGACGACGCGGCCCGCCCGCCGCCGCUGCUCGGCCUGGGCCUCGAGGACCUCCUGCCGCCCGAGGGCGGGGGCGGGCUCCGCAGCGCCUACGCGGCGGCCCUGGGCAGGGAGCCGGAGUUCACGAACUACGCCUGGAUCAAGGGCGAGCCGGGCCCGUUCAGAGACACCCUCGACUACAUCUUCGUGUCCGGGGGCGUCGAGGUGGUCGCCGCGCGGGAGCUGCCAGCCGCGGAGCCCUCGGAGCCGGUGUACCCGUCGGCCCGGGAGCCCUCGGACCACCUCCUGCUGUAUGCCGACAUCCGCCUGCCAGAGAGGAUCAUCGCCGUGAGCCGCCAGAUGGAGCAGCAGUGCAACCCGAGGUGCAUCAAGGGUGCCUCCCGGGGGCGCGGCGAGGCUGGGCCGCCGGGGCUGUCGCGCGCGCCCUCGGCGCAGGACGCCUGCGGAAGCAGGGCGCGGGCUCGCCUGGCGACCGGGCGGCUUCAAAAACGGGGCGCAUCUCGCGGGGCUCACGCGGCGGCAGGCUGCAGGGCCCUCCGGAGGCGCCGCCGCAGGCCGCGGCGCCCGGCGCGGGGUGCCCGCCGCCGCCCGCCGCGGGCGCGGGCGCGCGCCCGCUCGCCGUGUUCGACGGGGCGCCGCCGGCGGCCGCCGGCGCCGCGCGGGGCGGCGGCGGCGGCGGGGGCGCGCCGCGCGGGGGGGCCGCCGCGGGCGCCCUGUUCUCGGGGCCCCUGUUCGACCCGCGCGCGCCGCCGCCCCCGCAGCCCUCCGCCGCCCCGCGGGGCCACCCAGCCCCGCUGCCGGAGGUGCUGCCGAGCCGCCCGGCCGAGGCGCCGGGCCGCGCCGAGCCGCCGCUCGCCGCCCCCCCGCUGGCCUGGGCGACGCAGCCGGGCGCCGGGCCGCAGCGCCCGCCGCCGCGGGAGGGCCCGCGCGGCCUCGGCGUGCCGCCGGAGAGGCGGGGCGUGGCCCGGGCGGCCGACGCGGUGGAGCUCUGGGGCAGCAAAGGGAUGCCCGCCCCGCCACUGGGCGAGCCGCCGUGGCAUCCGCUCCCGGCCCACGGGGCCCCGCCGGGAGCGGCUGCGCCGUGGCCGGGCGGCGCGGCGGCGGGCUGCGCCAGCGGGCUGCUGGGCGUGGGCGGUCUGGACCCCAUGGUAAAAGACCUCGUCGCGGCGAGCUGCGGCUUGAGCGCAGGCAGACAGCUUGACAUCGUGGUGCAUGGGGGCGUUCGCAAGCUUCUCGAACUCGAUCGCGGCCUCGGCAGUGGCCAGGAGGAUGGCCCAGACGGCGAUCUGCGGUGGCCGCGCGUUGGCGUGGCCAACGAUGAGGCGGCAGUCCACAGCGCCAGGCUGGCACCGAGCACGCGCGGUGAGGAGCAGGAGCGCGACCGCAAGCAGCCAGGCGACCUGCUCGGGUUCGCGCCGCCGUCGGAGCUGGCGGAGGGGCCGCCCGAGCCGGGGUGGGUGCUCGGCGCGCCAGAGGUCGCGCGGGACAUGAAGAAGGAGCAGUCCUACUGGGCCCACCCUCUCAUGCACGCGGAGUACGAGGGCGCGCGGGACGAGAAGGCCGCUCCCGUCAUGCCCAUGCAGCAGCCGUGGCAGGCGGAGGUGCUCCACCCGAGGGGCUUCCACCCCCAGGCGGAGCUGUGCGCGCGGGCGGGCAUGGGGGGGCACCGCGCCGCGGUGCACCCCACGGGCGUGCACUUCGAGGUCGGCGGGCCUGGCGAGAUGGUCAUGCAAGUGCCAGCGCAUCCAGCACACUUCAUGGGGCAUCCACCGCAUGGCAUGGAGUUCCAGUACGCGCAUCAAGGAGCCCCUGCGGGCUGCUGGCACGCCGCGCACGCAGCGCCGCCGGGCCCCCUGCCAGGCCUGCCGCCGGGGGCCGCCUCGGGCCUGGCCGCCAGGCUGGAGGGCGUCAUCGCGCAGCUGGAGCACGGGGACAGCCGCGCGCUCGGCAGCCUCCAAGAGCUGGAGGCCGGCUACCGCGCGGCGCUGCGGCGCGGCUGCCCGGGGCCGCCCUGA